CUCCACUACCGAGGCCGCUGCAGCAUCCCUGACUGCCAUGCUGCUGCGCGGCAUGUCGGCAAUCCAGCUUUAUCUGUGGAGAGUCCCCUGCCGACCAACCUCAUGCUUGCAUUUCGAACGUCGAUGACAUCUCUAUUCUGAACGAGCUGGGAGAUAAAGAAGAGAAGGAUAAUCACCGGCUAUCUCCAUCUUACAGAAGAGAAACUUCCGCCUCGAGUCGAUUUGCACAUUACUGUUCAUUAACAGAGCAGCUCGUUUAUCGCCGUCACUUCGAGAUAAAACGUCACCCGCGACACACCUGCAACCGCAACGAUGGCGACCAUCCCUUUGCCGUACAUCAUUUUCUUCCUCUGGAUCGAACCCGUUGCGACACUUGCUGGUGCAUACUAUGCCUGGCUGCAACCGGCAAGCUACCUCGAACUGACUCACGCCGCCUCCGCGCCUGGGAUUCUUGGUCUGCCCACGGCAACCCAUGUCGCACUUCGACAACUCGGGAAUCUUUACGUCGCAUUUGCCAUCAACGAAGCCCUUGUAUUACGCGCAACAAGCGACCUGAAAGUCUGGCGCGCAUUAUUGCUGGGCCUUCUUAUCGCGGAUUUCGGCCACUUGUACAGCUGUUUCCCGCUUGGGAUCACAUCAUACUACGACGUCGCUAAUUGGAAUGCCAUGGCCUAUGGGAACUACCUGUUUGUCUAUUGCGGGGCAGCGACGAGGAUUUGCUUUCUCCUGGGUGUUGGCAUGGGAGGGCCCAAGCGAGCGAAGAGCAAGGUCAAGAAGUCUGUCAGAUUGGCUCUCGAAGAUGCCCCUCCCGUCACGCCUACCCAGAUGAACAAGACGCCCGCGCAGAGCACGAGAAGGAGGAAGAACAAGUCUGGCUAGACUAGACACGAGUGGAAUGCGGUUUGUCUGGACCGUCUCUCACAGCAACACACCCGGACAAUUUUGGCGUUGUCAACUCUGAUGAUGAACGCAUCGGUCUCUAUCGACGAGAUAUUACCGGAGCUUUUUGUUUCUUGCGAUUGUCAGGCACCUGCGUGCCAUGCGAUAGCGACCCAGCGAUUAGAGAAAUGGUGCACGGGGCUGCUGUUUCUCACGCGCCGCUGGGUGAACUCUUCUUGGGAGCUGCAUUUCCCAGUGCGCUCCCCAGCAGCCUGUACCACGCAGCAUCAACCCUCUCGUCGUCGGCGCGCUCUUCGCGGCAGAGGCUGCAGCAUUCCCUGUCGAAAUCGCCAAUUGACGGGUUGUUGCGCGAAUCGCGCCCACCGACUCGAGCGCGGGACAAUGUAUACCCAAGUCAUUCGAGCAGAAGGAGACCAGAAACACGGCGGGCUAGGACGAAGUUUCAGGAAGGGGUAGCGAAGGUAAGUGUGUCUACGGUGUUGAAGAGCCGGACGCCAUUGGAAUCCAAUCCCCAUCGCGCCAGAAGGCUCGAAGCGACAACGCGCUCUAGGUUCGCGAAAAGUGAUGGGAUAGGACAAUGCGAAGCCAGGAGGUUAAUCGGGGAAUCUUAAGGUCGACGGACCGGGGACAUGAACAGAAAAAAAAAAGAGGCAAACCCCAACAUGAAAUUCCACAUGGAAAAUCUCAAACUCGAAAUGGGAGACGAGCAGGAAAGGGAACUUUUGCACCGUUGUUCGCAGUCUGGAUAUCGAAUUCGCGGAGUCCUCGCACCAAUAGGUCCAUGGGUACUGGUACUGUAGGUUUCCCAAAGAUGCUGGCGUACAUAUAAUAUAAUAUACUAUACUAUACUCAAUCCUA